UGAGAAUCCGAAACAUUUGCCUUAAUAAAAUCAAAAAACUCUUCACUCUCCCCAAGAAACAAGUUGCAGUUAGGCAGGUAGGUACAUAGCGAAGAAAACCGAAAGACCAGAGAGAGAGAGAGAGAGAGACAAACAAACAAACAGCGAUGAAGGAAGACGAUCAAGCUGAUCCCACACUCCUUCCCGCCGCCGCUGACGACGGAGAUGUCGUGUUCGAAGGAGGUGGCGACGGCGACGGAGAAGAAGGAAACGGAAACGACGGCAGCGGUGGCCGCAGCCAGGUGAAGGGGCCUUGGUCGCCCGAGGAGGACGCGAUACUGAGCCGGCUCGUGUGCAAGUUCGGCGCGAGGAAUUGGAGCCUCAUCGCCCGAGGGAUACCCGGUAGGUCGGGAAAAUCUUGCCGCCUGCGGUGGUGUAAUCAGCUCGACCCUUUCGUCAAGCGCAAGCCAUUUACUGUCAUAUUCGCCACUUUUGCUGCAGAUGAAGAGGAUCACAUCAUUUUAGCAGCUCACGCAAUACAUGGAAACAAAUGGGCAUCAAUUGCGAAGCUCCUACCUGGUAGAACAGAUAACGCGAUUAAGAACCACUGGAAUUCUACUCUGCGACGCAAGUGCAUGGAUCUGAAAUGGUUUAAACCAUCACCUAUCAACACUUUGGAAGAAGGCAGCCUGAAUAGGACAAAGGUGUCCCCAGAAGAAACCCUCUCAUGUGGAGAUAAUAACUCAUUUGGAACCCCAGAGGGAGAAUACGUGAGCUUGUCAGAAACUAUACCCAACCAUUACGAAGAUAAAGCUCAAACAAACGAGGAUCAUCAAUCUGCUGAAGCAAACCACCCACAAAUUUCUCGUCCGGUGGCACGCGUUGGUGCGUUUAGUGUCUAUAACCCUCUAAGUGGCUCGACAACUGGUUUUUCUGCAACUGCCCCAAUGCAGUGUCCAUUGAUCCAACCUGUUAAACCUGACUUUGGGAUCUGCAAAUUUCUUGAAGGUAUCUGUGGUGAGCCCAUUGUUCCUUCGCGAUGUGGUUAUGGUUGCUGUGAAGUGUCGAGUGGGGGUUCUUCUAGAAAAUCUUUGCUGGGUCCAAAAUUUGUUGAAUAUGAUGAGCCGCCUCCCUUCUCCAGUCAUGAGCUGGCUGCCAUUGCCAUGGAUUUGAACAAUAUUGCUUGGAUCAAAAGUGGGCUCGACAGCAGUGGGACACAAGUGGUGGAAAACGGAUAUAGGCAGAGUGCGUUUCAGGGUGCCACAGCUCAAAUGGGUAUAUUUGAACAUAAUCUGGACAAUGGUUGUUUGGGUACAACAACAGAUGUGUCGAAACAGAUGCCAAUACCGACUUUUACUUUGCCAGCUGAAGUUGAAGGCUUGAGCUGAAAUCCAUGACUGGGUUUCUUCCAUCUUUUUUGUGGUACAGUUAUGAGUUACAGUAGUUGUGUUUUUUACAAUGGCAGGCAGGAUUCCUAAGCUGUAAAGUGGGUUAGUCGUUUAUAGUAAGGAUAACUUCCGGCCAUUUCAACAACCAAGAAUCAUCAUAUAUGCUGAAGACAUCGUGAGAUUUUGUUCUGAAAAAAUGUGAACAUAUGCUUAAUGAGGUAUAUCCAGACGUGAUCUUAGAAAUCUGUUACGUCUGUUAUUACGUUUAUAAUAAUGCUUUGUUCAACCUCCC